AGUAUAUGAAGAAUUAACUAAUAAUACACAAUUGAUACCUUAAUUAAUUUUGGGGAUUUAACGAGUGCUUCUGCCAAUUAUUCCAUCCUGCUUGAUUAUAAGUAGCUAGUCGUUAAAUUCUAGCUUCUUGAUGAUAGUAUUUUUUUUAAAUUCCUCCUUGGUUUAUUUGGGUGAGUUUUACUUUUAAUUCGUAUUUGGCGAUGUGGCUAAUUUUAAUUUUUGGGGUGAUUUUUCUAUAUAUUAAUGAGUAAUAAUUACUGUCAGUGGAAUCAAGGGUCUUUAUAAAUUGCUAAAAGUUUAUGAUAUAUCAAAUUACUUCCAUUUAUCCGCCAAAACAAGCAAUACGAUUUGAAAUAAUAUAAAUAAUUCUCAUAAUAAAAAUUUGAGUGUGUAAAUCAGCUAAUCUACCC